GCUAUAAACUUGAAUAAUAUAAUGCAAAAGAUAUUAUGCAACAUUAACUGGUCCCUCAUAAUAUCGCUCGCGCAACCAACUAGCGUCACCGGAUGUAAACAAACGCACAUGUCAACAAAAUAGCAAGUUUUGACAGAAAUUUAUUGUGUUCCUCUUUACAAAUCUUUAUCUGGCGAAAUAUUUACUUCCCUUUUCGGGAUUAUGCCAACUGCCGAUUUCUUACAUUUAUUUUCGUUGUGGAUUUGAUAGUUAUUAUAGGUGGCAGAUUCAGUUUAUUAUUCUACAUAGUUGAGUGAAAGUUUUGACACUGAUUUCAUAGUUUUGACACUGACUAAAAUAGUAAGUGCAGGAGGACAGUAUAAACUAUUAUAAAGAUGGAUAUGUCAUCAUUGUCAACUAUAGGAGCUUUAUGCGAUCUGUUAAAACCAGAAGAUCAAGAUUCUGACAGUGAUGAAGAUAAGCCAACAUCGUCAAUGGGAAGACUAGGACCUGGUAAUAUUGGGAACACCACAUCGAACACCACAUCUAAAUCAUCACAAAAUACACACAAAAAUAAAUCUACAAACAGUAAAGAUAUUUGGGACGAGGAUGAAAUACCUGAUGGUGCAGAAUAUGAAUCAACUUAUGACCCUCGACCACAACCAGAGUAUGAGAUACUGUAUAAACAAGCUGUCACACCAGAAGAUAUGUUUCUACAGAUGGGAAAUAAAACCAACGCUACAUCAUCAUGUGAAGACAUGGUCAUAAUAAUUAAAUUACCUGAUACUAAAAUGGUCGAUGUUGAUUUGGAUGUUAAGCCCAAAUUUUUAGACUGUAGAUCGCCAAAAUAUAAAUUAGGAUUACAUCUGCCUCAUCCGGUUGAUGAUAAAAAUGGAAAAGCUGAGUGGGAUAAAACCAAAGAAACAUUAAAAGUGACUUUAACCAUGAGAAGAGAAUAUGAUUUUGUGAACAUGUGAACAGUGUUUUAAAAAGAUGAAUGAUGGAAUAAACAUUGGUGCUGCUAACCCCUGUGUUCUCCGGAUAUCAUAAAAUGUUGUUGAAUGUAAUUUGUUUAUUGUUUUAAAAUAGAAAUUUAAAUAUUAGGUAUUUUAUAUAAUUUUGUUUUAUAUAUGAGUUAUAUAUUAAAUAUGCCAUUAUGUUCAGCG